AUGGCGAACGUUCCGCCGGGCGCGCAGGGGCAGGCGCACGGUGCGGGCGGGAACAUGCAGUUCAUGGAUUUCAACGCCCAGGCGUACCCGAACUACGCCGCGUACGGCGGGGGGAUGGGCGGUGGGGCGUACGCGGGCGGUGGGACGACGGCGUACCCACCGCAGGCUGGCGGAGAUGGAUACGGGUUCGGGUUCGGUGGAGCGCACCAGGGCGGGGCGUCUUUCCAGGGGCAAGAGGAGGAUGAGCCUCCGCUCCUGGAGGAGCUCGGCGUCGAUCCCAAGCAGAUUUAUAGACGAACGAUGGGGGUGCUGCACCCGUUCAAGCAGGAGGAUACCUCGGACGAAGAUCUGGCGGGACCGCUGAUGUUUUGCAUGGCCAUGGGGGCGCUGCACCUGUUGGCGGGAAAGCUCCACUUUGGAUACAUCUUGGGUUGGAGCACGCUCGCGUCACUGUCCAUGUACUGGUUGCUGAACCAAAUCAUCGGCGGCGGCGACGGUAUCGGGUUGAACAGGUGUGGAAGUAUUCUGGGCUAUGCCCUGCUGCCCAUGGUAGGAUACAGCGCGAUCGUGCUCUUUUUGCCUUCCAAGACGGGGACGCUCAGCAUGGCGUUGGCUGCGUUGUGCGUGAUGUGGAGCUCGCGUAAGGCGAGCACGGGAUUGAUACAGGCCAUGCCACAGUCUGAGGGUAAACGCAUGAUUGUCACGUAUCCAUGCAUGAUGCUCUAUUGCCUUUACAUCGUUUUCGCGAUGUCCUAA